AUUUCGCAAAUUUGUAAAUUUUGUUCAGUUUCUUAAUAAACUUUUCUUUAAAAUUAUGAUAACACUAAAUGAUUCCUUGGACACCUCUAACCUUGAAGAUAACUCUGAUUUUAAAAAUUUAGGAAUUAAUCAAGAUAUAAGGGGAAAUUUGUGUUUUCACGAAAUUAAUCAUCAUGAUCAAUUUAUAAUUGAAAAAUUUAAUGUAAGCCAAGCCAAUUCUUUUGAAUCUCUUGACCAUAUAUCAUUAGAUCAUCAAAAAAUAUCUUUUAAUAUUGAUUAUGCAAAAAUUAUCAAACAAAACAAGGAAAAAUUUGUGGUGUAUACAAUUAUACUAAAUAGACCAAAUUUUCCAGAAAUAAAGGGGAGUAUUGAGAGGAGAUACACCGAUUUUUGCUUUUUACAUGCUUCAUUAAAAAAAUCCAAUUUUAUAACUAUAAAUGAAAUAUUUUUACCGCAAAGAUUUUUACUGGGGAAUUUUCAAUAUGAUACAAUUUACCAUAGAAGUCGUGCUUUUGAAACAUACUUGCAUCAAUUAACAAAAGUGACCGAAAUAUUUAAUUCCCCUGGUUUUAUCCAUUUUUUUAUGGGGCCGGAAAAAGAAUUGGCAUUACGACUCAUCGUGACCUCGGAUUAUAAUAACGCUCUAAUAGUACUCAAAAACGUUUUGAAUAUACAAAGAUUAAUACAAGAUCCCAAUACUAGCAAACUAAUUUAUACUAUGGCUUUAUUGAGCCUGGCAUAUAGAGCAAUCAAAAGCUAUCAAUUAUGUUGGGAUACCCUGAUAUCAAGUUUAAAUGCAAUUUUAUCUGUUCUUUUAAGAGCUCAUAUCAGAUCUAAUGUCUACACUCCUAGCAAGGCAUCAACUCCAUCCUUUGACCUACUCAUUAACAAUCUACAAACUUUUAUCCAGGUAUCUUAUACAAUUGCUAUUUCAAAAAACAUGGAAAAGUCCAAAGAAUACUGUGAUGCUCUGAAACUCAUUUUUCCCAUUUCCAAAAUUGCCAUUGAUAUGGCAUGGAAACUAGGGAGACAAGAAGAUAAAACAGUUUUGCAAUCGCUUAUAGAAAGAUUAGAAAAUUUGAUAGAUUUACCAAAAGGCAAUGAUAUAGAUAGCUGGAAAAAAAUUAAUACAAUCAAAAAUGAUGAUAAAAAUGUGACCAAAAUCAUAGAAAUAAUAAAUGAAUCUUACCUAACUUAGAAUUGUAACAAAAAAUCUAUAUUAUAACAA